AUGUCUAUAUUUAAAGUAAAGCAUUUGUGGUCUAAUGAGAAACUACAAAGCGAAGAAUACAGCGAAGGAAUUCAAAGCAGCUGUUGUAUCAAAGUGGAUAAAUUUAGUUCUCACAAUACCAGUGACUGCAUAGUUGUAGGAGAGGGACAGCAAUUAAAGAUUUAUAAGCCUAAUGUAUUUGAUAGUGAAACUGAUGUAAUUUUAGAAUCGCAACUGGACGAUAUUAUAUUGCAAAUAGAGACUGGAAAGUUUAUUACCGAUUCUGGGGAGAGUCAGAUACUUGUACUACACCCACAAAGAUAUGCCGUGUAUACUUUGGAGAGGCGAGACGGACACGUCGACGAGGGUGUUCAGAAUCGUCUACUACCAGUUAUUAAACAUUCGUUUACCAGAAAAGCAUACAAUGUGACAAUUGGGCCUUUUGGUAGUGUAAAAAGUAGAGACCUUCUUUGUAUUCAGGGCCUAGAUGGAAGCCUAAGUUUCUUUGAUCAAGAUACAUUUUUGUUUUUAUGCGUAUUUCAUGAUGUCAUUAUCCCGGGACCUGUGUGUUAUAUUGCAAGCAGUGACCUCUUUGUCAUUUGCAAAUCAACUUGGAUUUUAGAAAUAUAUAGCUAUCAACAGUUGAGAGAAUUUGAAGAAAUAAGCAUUCGUACAAAUAAAAAAUGUAUUCCACAAUGGACAUAUAACCCUGGAGAAGAGAUCUUGAGUGUUCAAGUUAUAAGGACAAGCAAUAAUUUCUCAAAUAUAAUAACGCUGGGAGAAAGAUAUCUUUAUUGUUUUCAAGAUAACGGAUUGAUGAAACAUAUGAUUCGAUUUGAUUUUGUGCCGGUUUGUUUUCAUGCUUAUCUUAUCGGUUGGUAUUAUGAACCAAACUCACGACUGCUCAUCAUGGUUGCGUCAGAAGAUUCAAAAUUAUAUGUUUACGAAGAAACGACUAUAUUAUGGUCCUGCGAUUUAUUACUUAAAACGAUAGCCUUGUCUAGGUGUUUUCUGAAGAAAAUUUCUGGUGGCCUAGUUACUCUUUCCACAAGAGGGAUUGUUCAUGUCUCCUGUUUGGGCACCAAGCCAGAUCUGAAUUCGAAUAUUGUGUCGAUGAAUAACGAUGCUGAACCGUUGAAUAUGGAAGACUUAAAAUAUGCAGAAGACAAGCUUCGCAGAGUUAUGAGCGAUGAAGAUGAAAUUGACGACCAAUCUAUCAAAGAAAAUUUUUCAAUAAAUGUUGAAAUUGGAAAACCAUUUGAGAAAGUUAAUUAUGGCAUAACUGAAGUUGAUGAUGAUCAAUCAUUAUUUCAAUGCCCUGUUAUAACAGUGUUGAACUUUGAAGAUCCAAAACAAUGGCAAAAUGUACAAAUUACAUAUACUUGCAGUUAUCCAUUUAAGAUAUCAGAUUCUACAAUUUUUUUGGAAAAUAUUAAUGGAACUGAAAUAAUUGAAACACAUGUAUUUGUUUCAAAUAAUUUCGAUGUUUCAAAUACAGCGGUCACAGUAAUGUGUACAAUCACAGAUUGUGUUGGUAAAAUGUAUGUAUUCGAUCGAAUAAUGUUCUUACCGUUAAUACUAUAUGCUUAUCCAGUUAAAGCCAGUAUCAACAACGCUUGUAAAGUGGAGUUUUCAUCUGAGCGAAAAUUUAAUCCAGAAACAAUGUUUAAAGGUACGAAUUGUCGUAACUGUUUUUAUUGAGGUUUUCUUAGUACAGACAAUACUAUAACAUUUCUAUAUAGAUCGACAAACAAAACUGUGACACUUAAAACUACACAAGAAACUUACGUCGUAGAGGCGAGCGAUUUUACUGAAAUUGGACCGCUCUUGGAUUAUAUUCUGCAUAAAAUACAAAAGAAUAACAAUGAUAUUGAAGAGUCUAUAAUCUUUAAAUUGAGUAUUGAUACAACAAAACAAAUCAUACACAAGUUUCUCAAGUGUAUCGAAACACACGCAAAGGAGAGAAUGAAAUUGAAAAGUCUAGAGGAUGAGCUCGAUGUUCUACAAUCACAGUUCAUGGCAAUACAGAAGGAGUUGCUAGUGCAAUACGGAUCACUUCCACCCGGCGACUGUGAUCCUCUGGAAUUCCUUAUGCGGGAUACUUACAGGAUGAUAGUCAGUACAUCACAAACAAUAAUAAAUACAAGAGAAAGUGUACAGCGGGCAACCUGUGAAUUAAGUUCUAUUGGAAAUCUUAUACAGCUGAUACUAAAAUAUACGAACAAGAAUGAUUUUAGACUGAAAAUACUCGAAGAGACGCUCUCCUUUGAUACGUUUCACAAUGACAUUCAGGAAUGGGAGGAAUCCGUCACCCAAGCAUUUAAAUACAUGAUAAACAAUGUUCUCAAGAAAUCAGAGAAAGAUAAAGAGAAACUCUCACUUUUGUCCGACCAAGAUAUUCUGUCUCAAACUAACAUAAAAAAGUUCAUUAGGCAGAUCAGACUUAUAUUGGAAUCAAUAUUUACGACAUUAAGUGACGAGGUUGAAGAUGAAAAGAAAAUAACUAGAAUCGAGGAAUUUGUAGAACUAAUAUGACGAAAUAGAAAUGAUAAUUUGAAGUAAAAUAUUAAUGAAAACUUAUUUAAUAUCUUAUGCACUAUUGCAAAACUUGAACAGAACUACAGAACGUGAUAAGAAAACUGGCAGUCGGGUACUACGCAAUGAAAACGAGUAGGUACCAUGAAUGUGAAAAAAUGAGUCACCAGUGGGAGGCUCACAGGAUGCCGGCUAGAUUAUGGGUAACACAACGGCGCCUAUUACUGCCUUGAAGCAGUAAUGUGUAAUCAUUACUGUGUUUCAGUCUGAAGGGCACCGUAGCUAGUGAAAUUACGGAGCAAAAGAGACUUGACAACUUAUUUAUUAAGUUGUAGUGCCGCUCAGAAUUUUUGGGUUAUUCAAUAAUCCUGAGCGGCACUGCAUUGUAAUGGGCAGGGCGUAUCAAUUACUAACAGUUGAACGUCCUGCACGUCUCGUCCCUUGUUUUCAUAAAAAAAAUCAGCACAGACAGAGUAAAAGUUCUAGAGUCUAGACACAACGAAAAACAGAAAACAUAACACACAGGACGUGAAAAAAUAAAAAUAUGUGAAAGACACAAUAAAAAUUUAUGGAUAACGAUGACAUCAGAUAAGUGACAAGAGUAAAGUGGGAGUGGUAAGAGUAGCUAGAAUAGACUGGAAUAGACUAGGUCGAAGGAAACCUUUACCAACUGGCAAACAAAUGCAAAAUAUUAAAUUCCACAUCACAUUAAGACUGAAUUUUGUUGAUCUGAAUUGCAGGCUAUAAUUACCAUUCACAUCCAUUAGGUGAGGUUCUUCCUCCUAUUCCAUAAAAUAUAUAGAUUAGAUCCUUGCGUAGUUCUUUGUGGAGUGACAGAAGCGGUGAAAUUACAGGGAUGUGGAGUUAGCUGUCAAAAUGGAGAUGUUUUUAAGCUCAUCUGCACAUAGACUUCCAUAGAUUUUUUUUAAGUAUCCCUUAAAGAAAAACACAUCUUAGGUU